AUGGCCACUGCAGCCAAGUUGAACAGGAAACUCAGACUCGACCAGGUCUUUCAUGCCGCUGACCUCGCUGAGAAGGCCCAUGAUCACUUUACUCUCUUUCAACACAUUCGAUCACUGGCACCCAAACAACCCAUGAAACAGAUCAUGCUCAGAUCGGACAAAGGAGAACUAUUGGGACCAGACGAUGCAGCUGAUUGGCUUCAACAAUGGUAUCAUGAGCUUUAUUCGGCUGGGGACUCUGAUUUUUCUGUAUCAGCAUUUCAAUGGCCGUUUUCACAACAAGAGUUCAUGCAGGGCUUGCAGACAUUGCCCACACACAAGGCCCUGGCGCCUGCGUUUACUCCUGCACCCUUCUGGAAGUACGGUGCUGUGUCCAUCUCUCAGUAUCUUGACCAGAUGCUACAUGACUGCAGCGCUGCUUGUGAGUUUCCGGACAUCUGGAGUACUGGCACAAUUGCCAUGCUCGUCAAGCCAGGCAGAAGUGGUCGACAUCCUUCUGAACUUCGACCCAUUGCCCUGUUGGAGCCUUCAGGUAAGACGGUGAUGGGUUUGCUCACCACUGCCAUUCAACAGCAAAUCCAGUCCACCUUGAACAGGUUGCCACAAUUUGCUUAUGCAGUUGGACGUGGAACAGAGGACGACUCCUUCAUUGCCCUGAUCAAAUCAUUUGGAACCCUCCUGGACCUGAUUGAAUGGGCUGAUCUGGACAUCAAUUUGGCAAAGACCACUGUGACGAUGCGCAUGAGGGGCAAACUGGCGGGCAAACUUCAACGUCGAUUUGUUGUCAGAACACAACAGGGAGCUUUCAUCAAAAUUCCUAGAUCAGAUGGCUCAUACACCAAGAUCAGACUUGUGCGUUCUUUCAAAUACUUGGGAGUGAUGUUGUCAUACCACAAUUUUGAACAUGAAACAAUGGCACUUCGUAUCAAACACAGCGACCAAUCUGCACAUCAGCUUCACCGCUGGCUCUUCACUCAGCGCCUGAGUGCACAACAGAAAGUUCGAUUGUGGUACCAAUGCAUCUACACUUGUUUAAGAUACGGGAUCAUUGCCACCGGGUUCACUGACUCCACACUGCUUCAAUUCUACAGAUUCAGCAUUAGGCAGUUGAGACGAAUUCUACGUGAACCUGUCCACUUGACCCAUGAAAAUAACAAGUCGUUCUUGCAGAGACACAACCUCCCUGAUCCGCUUUUGCGCCUGAAGAGCAUUUGCCUUCAAACUGCCACGCGCUCAUUGCAACGACAAUGGACCCUUGCUGAUGAUGACAUCUUGAAUCUCACACCGUUGCCGUGCUACGACCAUUUACUGCAGGUCAUCGACCAGGUGAACUCAGAUCUGCAUCUCGUUGAGGAGAUAGAUCAAGUUGAACACCGACUUCGAGUUCAAGAACUGCUGCAGUUUGCAAGAGCUCAUCAAGUUGCAGCUCUUCGACACAAUUUGGCAGUCCUGACGUAUUUCAUGCAUCACUGCGCAAUUUGUGGGAAAUUUCAUUCUACGGUUACAGGGCUGAUGCGUCACUGGAAUGACCAACACCACAAGUCAUACAGUGAGCAUUUGUCAGUCCUGCAAUACUAUGAGGCGCAUGUUGACACAGGCAACCCAUGCUGUCUUUGCUCAUCUUCUUUCUCACAAUAUCACAGAUGCAUCAUCUGGCGUCAACUGGCAAUGCUCUUGACUGAGCUACAGAUGACAACGGAAUUUUGUGAUGUCACUGAAACUGUUCAGCUCAAAUGUGAACAUUGUGGCAAGGCCUACACCACUCGACAUGGCCUUGCUCAACACAUCCAGAAGUUCCACAAAGCCCAACAGGUGCUGAAUUCUUCCAAUUGGAACAGCUUCACUGCUAAAUGCCUCUUCGAUCAGGCGGUGCAAACGAAUCGAUGUGAGGACUUGAUCUCUGACCCGGACAUUCUUCAUUUCAUCUCUUCUGAGUGCUUUGACUGCAGUAUGCCCUUUCGUAGACGCCAAGAUUUAUCUAGGCAUUUGAAACAAGGUCAUCCUUCUGAAUGGGCAGAGAUGGAACACAGAGCGUCUGCAUUGACAGCCAGCUUGAACUGCGCACAACGCUGUCUUUGUGUUCCCCCUCAGCAUCGGGUCAAACAUCUAUGCCUGGUCUUUCUGCAAUUUGCACUGGCAAGGAUCCUAUGGGAACGUGAUCAAUGCCCUGCAGCAGAUGGCUUGCCGCCGGACUUAGCCAUGCAACCUCAAGAGAAGAUGGAACAGCUGCUCUGGUUUGGCUUUGCUCAUCUCCUUUACAGACAGCCUGCACUGAAACUAGCGAUGACCCUGCACUGCAUGUUCUGCGGAUUUACAUGCAGGAACGGUGAUGCGAUGGUACUUCAUCUACAUCAACACCAUGAAGCUUUGGUCGCUGAGAGCUCGAUUCAACUUCAGCUUCUUCGCUGGGUGUUGUUCCAGGACUUUGGAUGUGCCUGUAACCCUACCAGAGGUUUUGGGGUACCUGACCACACGUGCCCGAGCUUGAUUCAGGCAGCUAUGCUCUGUGUGCAGGCGCACUGGCCUUUGACCAUUCCUUGGACUUUCAAAACCAGCGAUUUACUCUCGCACCUGGGGGACCUUUUGCCAUUGAAUGAUUUCAGACGCAUCUGCCUCUGGAUGCUCACCAGGCAAUUCCAUCAUCUGUGGAAAGACCCGGCACUGCUUCGAGUGCUGAAGAGUCACUGCACUCUUUGUGGGGAAGCUGUGACCUUACAAUACAUCACUGUGCACCUCCACUUGGAACAUCAAUUGGGUCCGAAUGAUUUGCAUCCAAUCGUCGUGCAACUUUGCAGGAUCUACAGCGUUGAGCACUCAGAAGAUCCUCAUUGCGAUCACUGCGGUGAGUUGCUGCCAACGAUGGAUGUUUUAGCAUUUGAUCCGGUGCCUGCUCUUCAUAUGCCUGGAUGUCCAUUGGUCCUGCACAUGGCAGCUUUCUUGAUGCAUCUGGUGCUGCACAAAGCACCUUAUGACCCGCUUGCAUGGCCGGAUCCACAGGCAAUUGAAGCUUCCUUCCGUCGUCAAGACCAUCAGCACCAGCUGUUCAACGCUCGACCCUCAGAUACCGCUGGCCAGGAAUUUGACCUCUUGGUGUCAUGUGGUCAUCGAAUGUUACAAGACAGCUUGCUUUUGGAAUCACUCAAUCAUCAAUGCCUCAUGUGUCAACGGACGUUUUACAUGCCCGGUGCCUUGACAUCACACCUGAAGCAGCAUGACUUCAAACAAUACAACACAUUAUGGUGCCUGAGACGACUCCAAAUGACUUGUGGCACUUGCCCGUGCUGUGGCUCAGAUUUCCACACCGCUCCCACUGGCUGUCCUGCGUUGCUGAACCUUGCUGACGAAGACAAGCCAUUGAAGAGGCCACGACGCAAAGAAAAGGGUUCUUCGACAGCUGGCUCAUCGGACGAUCAAACUCAGACAAUGCUGAAGACGAUGGCUCGAAUCAUCCUCAAACACGAGGACUCGAUUCAUGUGCUGCUUCAGGAGUUCGAGUUCGUGAUGUUUCUCCAACCGGGAGAAGGGAGCCUACUGCCAGUCUUGAUGGCAUGUCAUCAGAAGUGGCUGAAGGGAGAUCGCUCCCAAUCCUUGCGUCACACAAUGGCCCUUCAAACCAUCGAGACGGUGAAAGAUCGACUGGACAAGCUGAAGGCCGCUCCAGCCAGUGCAGACUUGGUCCAGGACUGCAUCCGCUUCAAUCUCAUCGACUCCCAACAGAUGAUGCCUUAUCUGAGAUGGGACACGAGCACACAGAAGUUAGUGCCCAGCAAGGAGAAGCCGCUCCCGAUUGGAGAAGUGAGCAGAAUCAUCGACACCAUUGUCAAGAUCCUUCAGUCGGAACCAGAAAUCACUCUCAGAUUUCAUGCACUCUCCAAGAUCACAGCCGAGGACACCAGCAACAAAUCGAUCCCGUUUCUGUGGACAGUGGGCCAUCGCACUCAAGGGGAACUGUGGAAUCUCUUGCGAACCGUUGACAUUGAGGCCACAGACCCAACAAAGGACGGCACUGUCCAAACAGCUGGGACGGAUGUUGUAGAUGAUCUACCCAAGCACAUGGUGCGUAUCUUGGAAAACGACACAUCAACGAUGUGCUUUGCCAAUGCUGCUAUGCAGGCCUUGACUUGGUGCACAUUGCUGUGCAAAGGCCUUCACCCAGACCAGUGGGCCUAUGGCUUCGAACUUUUGAGGGGAUUGAGUCAAUGGAAUCCCGUUCCGUUGAACCUGAGGGUAUUUCAGCCAUUUGUGUGGCUGCUAUUUGGGGCCUUCACUGAGCACGACUUGCUGUCACAACAGGACAUUCUGGAAUUUACAGCCUUCAUUUUGGAUCGUCUUUGUCGAGCAAGUAACCAGGCUUGCCCCUGCCUCAUUGUCAUGUUUGACAGGCACAUCGAAGGAUAUGCCAGCAGUUUCCUCGGAUGCAACAGCACCAAGUGCCAAAAGACCACGCACAGUACCUUCGAAUUGGCAGCCAUUUUGGCGUGGACUCUAUGGGCAUUUUGCUCUACAACUAGCCUUGCAGGCGCUUUUGACUUCUAUGACAUGGACAUCUUUUUCAAGCACCCUGCCCCCAGAACGGGCUGCGGAGCUGCUGCGGGGCUGCGGAGUUGCUGCGCGCUGAUGGCUGCGCGGGCCGAUGCAGUGCUGGCUGCAGGGCAAUGCAACUGCCGACGAGGACGUGAGAGGCCUGUCCAUUAG